UCAGUAUUUGGAAGACUUUGUAGUGGAUCAGACAGAGUUUCGGUGGCCUCUUGCCCUUGAAUACGUCUAAGUGUUGAUACAAUUCGUGAGACUUCCCUGACCUCAACGAUUGCCAGCGUAUUUUAGAACUCCGUCAGCCGCGGAGAAGAUUAGAAAGUCUCAGUUUCACUCAGAUUCGCGGCGGAACUGGACAUCUUCCGCAGUGCGAUGCUUCCUUACAUCCUUCUGUCGGCCAUCGUGGCCAUUUAUCUCUACUUCAAGUGGCACCUGAGCUUCUUCGAGCGCCGCGGAAUCGCAGGACCAAAACCCUUGCCCUUCAUCGGCAACAUGUGGGAUUAUGUAACGGGAAAGAAGCACUUUGGGCACGUCUUUGGCGAUAUUUAUCGAUCCUAUCCGAAUGCCAAUUAUGUGGGAAUCUAUAAAAUGCACAAACCCGCAGUUCUUGUGAAGGAUUUAGAUUUGGUGAAAGACGUUAUAGUUGGAGAUUUCUCCUCAUUCCACGAUAAUGACUUUACUGUAAAUCCGAAAUUGGAUCCACUGUUGAGUAUAAAUCCAUUCUUUGCUUCUGGGGAAGAUUGGAAAAAUCUUCGUGCUCAAAUAUCGCCCAUCUUCACCUUCUCAAAAGUCAAAGCAUGCUUUCCGAUCAUGAACGGAGUUUGCAACACUCUCGUUGAUUGGAUUAAAAACGGCCCCAAAGCAGGAAAUUCAGAUGGAAUAGAAGUGAAAUCGCUCGGCGAAAUGUACACAAUGGACGUAGUCGCUUCUGCUGCCUUUGGCGUUGAAGCGCAGAGUUUCACAUCUGUAAUUACACCCUUUCGCGAAUUACUUUUGGAUAUGAUCAGCCCAACAGUUUGGAACUCGAUAAAGAUGUUUUUUAUACGCUUUCAACCUCAAUUGGUACCGAUAUUAGGCAUUCCUCUCGUCUCUAAGAAGCACAGCGAUUGGGUUCGAUCUUUCGUUGAUAAAGUUAUACAGAGAAGGAAAGACUUGGGUGAAAAACGACAAGAUUUGUUGCAGAACUUCCUGGAUCUGCUAAAAAAGACUGAGAAUGGAAAUUUGGCAAAAUACUCUAAGGAUUUGAUUGCUGGACAGUCUCUUUUAUUCCUGACCGAAGGAACAGAAACCUCAAGCAUGUUGAUCAGCUUCGCUCUAUAUCAAUUGGCUCGAAAUCCUGACAUUGCGAAGAGAGCGCAAGAAGAAGUGGAUUCCGUUUACGAGCGUCACGGCGGAAAACUCACCGAAGAAGGCGUCACAGAGAUGGAAUAUCUGGAGCAGAUCCUAUUCGAAACCCUGCGACUUCACUCCGUUAUAUUUAUAAUGGCAAGAGUGGCCAGCAGAGAUUACAUUUUUCCACCGCAAUUUCCUGGAUCUUCUGAACGUCUCGUCAUUCCAAAAGGAACGAUCGUUGUUAUUCCAGUGAAUGCAAUUCAUUACGAUUCUGCAUACCAUCCGGAUCCGUAUACUUUCAAUCCCGACCGAUUCUCUGAAGAAGGACGAAAGGAGCGCAAUCGAUACACUUUUAUGGGAUUCGGCGAAGGACCUCGAAUUUGUAUUGGACAGAAAUUCGGUCUCUUUCAAGUCAAGGCAGCAAUUUCAUCUAUUCUUCGUAACUUCAACAUUUCGCUGAACAAGAAAACUCGCGAGCCUCUUCAGAUUUCGAAGAAAUCCUUCUUGCCAGUGGCUGAAGGUGGAAUUUGGGUAAACUUUUCCGAGAGAAACAUAGUUAAAUAACUAAUCAAAUACACGAAAAUGUCAAUUUUGAGUG